ACCUAUCAGUAAGACUGUAGUGUGGUCCAGUUUUCGACCCGCUGGGUUCUAGAAAGGGUAGAAUGAGUGAAAGCUACGUGAUGUCAUUCAGAGGCUUGUUUUGUUUCACAUUUUGAGAGGAGAGAGAUUUUUACUAAUUUGGAAUUUAAGAGAAAAACGGUAGUCGCGGUUUCACCGGCUGAUAAAGAUGGGGCUAAUAGGAGAAAAUCACCAGGAUGCUCUCUCCAAAUUUGCGUUUAUGCUUAUUGUUUUCUUUUUGGCAACUGCUACCAGAGGAGAAUGGUUGCUAGUUAUCGUGUACAUGUUCAGGGACCAGCUGCAGAGCAUGAUGGGAAGGCAAGGUGUUCAAAUACCCAGCGGUGACCACAAUAUCACAGGCCCCUCACAGCCUCUUCUGGAAUCCCUGAAGCUGCAGAACGUCCACUGGUUCGUGCUGAUGGCAGUGUCCAUAUCUUUUCUUAUGUACUACGGACUGGCAUACGGAUGGCACUAUUACUAUUACGUCAAUAGACGACAUUUGGCCAAGGAAUGGAAAUGUCAGCCUGACAAGUUUCUGACGCCAGAAAAUGAGAGACACGAAAUUCUGCUGGGGUCGAUGAACAUGUUGAUCGGGUCCGUGUGCUCUGGGAUCAUCGCCUGUUUUAUAAUGAAUGGAGGAUACUGUAAGAUGUACUACAAUAUAUCAGAACGAGGCUGGGCGUACUUCAUUGCUUCUCUUGUGGGAUUCUUUGUGUAUAACGAAACGAUGGCGUACUACCUCCACCGUCUCUUCCACAGACCCUGGCUGUAUAAAAAGAUCCACAAGAUGCACCACCGCUAUCACCAGCCGACUGCGUGGAGUGCUGUCGCCAUGCACCCCGCGGAGUUCCUCAUGUAUCAGGGCUACCUUGCUGCGACGCCAUUUUUGAUCCCUAUUCAUGCCUUUCCAUUCUUGUUCGUGUUGCUGUACUCAUACUAUUACGGACUCUGUGACCAUUCCGGGAUUAAGAUGGGGGCCAUUUGGCCGUGGCAGCCACACUCAUAUUUUCACGACAACCAUCACAAGUAUUUUCACGUCAAUUUCGGCUUCAACACGUACUUUUUCGACUGGUUUCAUGACACUCUGAGGAAAGAGGAUCGUGUUUAUGGAGAGGAUAUUUUUGGAGGACGUGGAAGACAGGAGCUAAAAUCUGACUAGUAUUCUAGGAAGGCCCUCUUCCCUGAACAUCAGACACUCCUAAAAAGGGUUAAUUAAAAGUAACACAAGAUGGCAUGAAUAAGAAACAAACUAAAGUCAGAAUGUAGGCCCAUAGGACUCUUUUAUCUCUUUCACAUAAAUGGCAAGCGUGAUUUUAUUUACCUUCAUUCAUUUCAUCAAUAUUAUUAAAUAAGAGGAUUGUUUACGUGCAUGUAUACUUGUUACUGAUAAGAAAUUUAGGCUAAACAAAUAUCAUUAUCCCUUCGAUAUCUAAAAAUAUUAAUGUCAUCGAAGGACAUGGUAACAUUUCGAUAAUGUAAUCGGAGGUGGAUUCGGAAACGUCAUUGAAAAGGGAAA